AUGCAAUCAUCGUCGGACGCGAACUUGGUGGCUAUCAAGGACUCUGGCGCAUCGGUGAUCCAAGGGGGACGCCCGAGCCAAGAGGACAGGUACAUCGCGCUGGCGCCCGGAAGCCUCAAGUCGAACAAAAAUAUCGCGCUCUACGCUGUAUUUGAUGGACAUGCAGGGGCAACUGUGUCCGAUCACUUGCGUGGGAACCUGGCAAAUUUUAUCGAUGAGGCACUCUCCAAGUCUUCACCGCACUCACCAGAGACUUACAAAUCGGCUAUCCAGGAUGCACUCGACAGAGAGGAUGAGAUUAUCGACCGGCAGAAUUGGAAAGAUGGCUCCACCCUUGCCCUGGUCUUGAUCGAUACACAGCAGAAUAUCCUCGUCGAAGCAGACUUGGGCGAUUCUCAUAUGGUGCUUGCCGAGCAUACCAGGCGUAAUAAGAAAGAAGAAAAUAAGCUCAAAAAGCUCGACCAUACCUUGAGAGCUCACCACCUUGUUAAGGGUAAGAACGAGUGGAGCAACGAGCGACUCUCGGUACCGCAUAAGCCAGACGACCCAAUCGAGAAGAAAAGAAUCGAAGAUGCUGGAGGCAGGGUGAAUUACGAUACGGGUGCUGCAAGAGUCGGUGCUCUUGCAAUGACCCGCGCUAUGGGCGACACCGAGCUAAAGAUGCCGAGAGUCAACAACCUCGCUAAUCAUAACCUGGAAGAUUUGGUUGGUGUCGAGACAGGCCUCAAGCCGGGUAGGAGGGCAUCGGCAGAUCUCGUCACCAACAAGGCACACUUCGCCGUGCGGCACCUUAAGGGAGAGUGCUUAGUCCUCAUUUCCACCGAUGGCAUAGGUGAUGAGAAGGAGGCUGAACUGGCGGCUCGUACUGCUACCGACUUGAACUCGCAAGGUUGGCCAGCGAAUGAGAUCGCAACGGAAUUGGCGAAGCAAGCUGUGAAAAGAAAAGAUCCUGACAAUUGUACCGUGAUUGUAGUGAUUCUGGAAGCGCCAAGCGCCGCGCAGUAA